AUUCAUCUUUGGGUCCAUAAAAAAGUCGGCACGACCAGUCCCAUUCCUUAGAGCGGCGCUGUCAAGUCGUUUUCGAGCAAUAUACAAAGAAUACACGAGCAGGACACCAUGAAGACUACAACCUCGGGUCGCGCCUUUGCCAAGGGCAUGUUCGACAUCUUCUCCACCCUGAUGGUCUCGCUUCGAAUCGAGAACCGCAAGAUCAGGUGGAGAAGCUACCCGAACAGCUUCACUGCUGAGGGAGCCAUUGGGAACCUAGGCAAUCUACAAGUGACCCAGUCUAAUCGUGAGUCAGAUCCAAAUGACCCAACAAGAAUCAUCACACAUGUGACAACGACCCAAUUCUCGCUCUCGCGCGACAUGUCCCGAAAUCUCUGCCAGACAUUCAUGGACGCCCGAUUACUCGAAUGCGCAACAGACUCCUCAAAGCGCGAGUUUCAGAGCCGUGGGCUGUAUCAGGUCACACCCAAGGGCGCAUAUCUGCUGGCCAAAUUUGUGGUGCGAAACAAAUUGCCGAUCGGGGAGAGUCGACACAUCACGGCAAACUCAGCAACGAAUCUGGUGUUUUUGGAGCGUGAAGAAAACGAGGACGCUAUCAUCUUGACCGAGAAGCAAGUCGAUAUCAUUUUCAAGCGAUUCGCGGGGCCUGAGCCGAAUACGGCCCGAACCGAUCCUGGGGCGGACUCCCCAAUGAGUUCUAUGUCUUCGACUGCUGAAGCAAAAUACCGUGCACCAUUCGUGAUGGACCUCUCUAACGGUGUUGAGGUCAAGGACCAGCAAUUCAACUCGGAGACCUACAAGGACACUUUCUAUGGCAAGGCGGCUGUGGAAUGGCUGUUGGACUACUCGACCGUGAUCAGCAAGGAGGAGGCGAUCUGUAUCUGUCAGGAAAUGGUCAAUGCAAGAUACAUUGAGCAAGUUGGCGAAGAAAAUACGAAUGGCCCGUCAAUUUUCAAGACUGGUAACUCGGCACUCUACCACCUCACUGAAACAGGACGAGCUCUUGCAGGCUGGAAGAGCCUUGAUGACUGCUGCGGUAGCAUUCAUAAUGAUUGGAUGGAUGUUUGUCUAUUUGAUACGCUCGGAUACAUAGAGCGAAGCACGGCCGGUUCGAAGGCAGAGCGAAGCAGUCCAGAGACCAACUUGCUCUCAACCCAGUUCAAGCUCACGUCCAGCAACCUGGCUCGCCUGCCCAUCUCGAUCGCACAAGAGAGACGUAGGUCCAUGGACGAGGUCAGUCUCUCGACACUGCAGUACAACGAAGACUCGAAUAAGUCCGGACCGACUCGACGAUUGUCCCAGAUCUUGAAUGACCCUGCGUUUCAGAUCACGCUUUCGGAAAAUGGACCCAUGUCCUCGUAUGCGCCAUCAUCCUCAGGCCGGGAGUCAGUGGGUGCCAGCGCCGGAGGAGCGGGAAGCACACGACUCUCGCUCCCUAUGAGUUCCGCACAGUCAACGACAUCGAACACGAGCCGCCUCAACGGUAUUCUCUCGGACGCACCUGUGCGCGACCUAUUCAAGAGUUUCCUGAAACAAAACUUUUGUGAGGAGAAUCUUUCGUUUUACUUUGAGGUAGUCGACUACAAGACCAAGUUCAAAGGACUGAUCACAUCGGCCAAGGCGUACAACAUAUCGGAAACGGGACCUGAACCGAACAACAUGGGCUUUGCAUAUCCGCCCUCGCUCCGUGAGCUCGAAAAACAGAUUUGCACACAAGCGUUCGCUAUCUUUGAGACCUACUUGGCCUCGGGUGCCCCCCGCGAGGUAAACCUGCCACACCAGAUGAGGCAGGAUAUCACAGAGUACAUGCAGGCAGUCGUCCGCAGCAUGGAGACAUCGACUGUGACGACUGUGACGACACCUGACGGCGGCAAUAUCAACAACGCCAGCCUACCACCGACACCAUCUUCACUCCCAACAUCGCCUUCUCCAGCGGAUGCAAGCGAUGGUGGUGAGAAGGGUGGUCAGAAGGAAUUGAUUCACAUCUCGCUGUUUGAUCUGAUCCACGAUCACAUUUUCCGACUAAUGUCGACAGAUUCAGUGCCCAAGUUCAUCAAGACGGACAAGUACUUGGAGGUGGUCAUGAAGAAACACAAGCGGAAGCAUGCCGCCGCCGCCGCAGCAGCAGCAGCCGCAGUUAACAGCGAUGACCCGUUAUCCUUAUCUUUGAAUCAACAGGAUGGCCUGAACGGGGUCAAUGGCAAGAGCGCUAACAAUGGAGGAGGCGGAGGGUCAUCAAUGGCGAACGGCGAUGGAGUCAGCGAAGGGAACACAACGCACGCAGGAUCGAGUCGAAAUGAAGGUGAGAGCAGCAGCACGGUGGCAGAGUUGCGACGAUAAGGUCUUUGAUCACACAAACACCCUCACACGCCCACAAAAAUAAGAAUGGGAAGCGUCCGUAAUGAGGGGUUCUGGGACGGGGGCACACAACGUUACGCACCAUGGCACGCACACUACAUAUACCAUGCUCUA